AUGGUUAUUGGGCACCCUAAACCCGUCCCAUCAGCGACCUUCAUUGAAGCGUUAUUAAACUCAGCCGUUCCAUACAUCCGUAUAACUAACUAUGGAAUGAAGCAAGCCAUUCGCGGCUUCCCAGAUCUACCAAGGGACCUUUUGCAAUGUGAUACAGCUGACGUAGGCUACCCUGAGAACGAAUGGAAUGUUUCGUUCUCCAGGAGAACAGACUACCUGUACAUGGCGAAGGCCACGGUCCUUUGCCCCAACGCCUUCACACCAGAGUUCUACGGUGUGAACAUGGAAUACUACAUGGUAUCUGUUCCUAUUUACAUUGGGAAGGCAAAAAGGAUUUUUGCACUGGCAAGGGCAAUCCUCACCUGCGAAGGUGUCAUGAGGCACCACGUCUCCAGGCUGCUGACGGGUCCAGAAAGGAAUUUGUUUGGUGAUCUCAAACUCCUACUGGCAUACAGGCACGCCGGUUACCACACCGUGAUCGGAGCGUUCAACAAUUGGUGGGGAAACGACGAACCGGAACCACUACGAAUUCAACCACGAAUACCUCAGGCGAAUACACCACCUGCAGCGAUGGACGUAAACGACGUCGUCAUCAACAACCCUGUGGUAAACCGAAACCCAAACCAAAACCCAAUCCCACUGGCAGAACAGAUCGAUACUAUGCUAAUCCUGAUAGCCAGGGACAAUCGGAGUCCUCAAGGCCAGCGAAGAAUCAACUGGGCCAGGGUGCAUGCAUCUUUCACACGACGAUACCCUGAAGACGGCCGCAUGAAAGACCAGCUAAAGAACAGGGUACACACGCUAGUCAACCGCAACCCAGACUUGCUUCAAUAGUAAAUAACAUACCUUUUCCAACAAAUAGAUAAACAUUGAAACACAGGCAUACUUUAUUUAUCUACAGCUUCAUGAAAUUGUUCCCAAAAAUGAGUCCAAUCUUGAAAUGACCCAUCAAAUUUAGUAUCACUAAUUUCGGUAAUUCUACAGGGGCGUUUGGGUUACCUGUGGUUUUGCGAUAAUGUAACUUUGUUUCAAACAAUCCUUUUCAACGUCGAUCUGUUCUUUUCUCAUUUUUGCCAUAUAUAUGUUCACUUUUAGGCCCAUCAGGCAACUUCCUCAACCAUUUUUGACUUUAAAACACCACUCAGUUAUGGCUUCGAUUUCCUGACCUUGAGCGAUUUUGAAAUCUUCAACUUCAGCGUUUACAAUCAUUGGCCGCUUUAACUAAACCUUUUUUGUUGAGGCGCCCUCAAGACCACAGUUCUGUGGCAUUUAGAGUAUAAUUAGAUUAAUGAUAUUCAUAUUUUUGGACAACAAAAAAGUGUGAACUUUAGCCUCUCGCAGUAGAGUACAAAGUUCACUUGAGGGUGCAGCAGUAGAUCUUUUUCCAAGACUCUUGUCGAAAAAGAAAAUGCGUAAAAACGUUUAAUUAUCUAAACUGUUCAGGAUUUAUCUUACAUCGUAUGUAGUACCUUGACAUUUG